AUGGCAUUUCACGACAUUGACAUUGUCGAGAAGCGAGAAGAAGAGUUCCGAUCGUCGAGAUCUUUGAAGGCAUGGAAUGUCACGACAGUGUCGAGUCUCAUUAUCCCUCUUGUCAUCUUCUUUUCCGCUCGUGGGAUGAAUCGAACUGAAAACAACGAUGAAGAUGGGAAUCCAACGAAUGACGACGCAUACUCUGGAGGAAACGAUCAAGGAGACAAUGGAGAAUCACAAGCUCCAUGGUGGUGGGCCUGGAGAGAAAACCUGGAACAAGAGACACACCAGCAGAUCCUUAUCCUUUUCCUCUACAUGUGGACCUUUACGAUGACACUUCUGUUGGUUAUCUCAGUAAAUCGUGACUUCCGUCUUCGAAAGCUGAAAUCUGCGAGGUGGUCCUUGAUGGGUUUCGUCAAUUAUUCCUUCGUCUGUGCGGUUGUUGUGGGUGGCAUUCCUCAGUUGAUCAGAGAUAGAGGAAUGGAGUUAGAGAAGACUGGCUGGUAUGGGCAAACGUCCGUCCUUCUUUUAUUGACUUGUAUCUUUCAGAUGCUGUCAUCGAGCUUCUUUGUUUGCGCUAUUGGAAAGAUGAUUGCAAAGCAACGAGAGGAUCUUGAGAAGGAAGCAAGGACAGAGACUGAGCAUCCGUACUCGUACUUUUAG